AUGAAAGACACAAGAUCAAUAUUAUCAGCGAAAUUAAACAUAAAGCCUGGUCAGAUUAAAAAGUUACAAGAUGCCGGCUACAAAUUUCUAGAAGAUUUAAAAGAAGCAUCUCCACUUACUUUGAGCAAAGUACAAGAAGCCCUUAGUAUAAUUCGACAAAUUAAGAGUAUGUGUUUAACAUCUGCAUUAAAAACUGCACAACGCGUUUUACUUUAUGG